GCAAGAAGAAAAAAAUCGAUGAGGCUGAUGUAAGCACUGGCACGCGCCGAAACUACUGGCGCCUACCGACUCCCUGCAAUCAUGUCCAGCUCAAUUCUACGCUCGAGGCUUGGGGCCGCUGCUCGAUGUUCACGACGACCAGCCGUAACAAGGAUAUGUACGAGAGGCUACCCAGCGGCGGCUGUUCCCCAGGAAGAGAGACCGCUCGAAACGCCAGAUGACUGGACGCAAUUCCAGCUCGAUCGAGCAGAAUUUAAGACGCUUGUCGACCAUUUUUCUAAUUACGGCUCAACGCAGACCCGGGAUAAUACAUGGCAGCCCCACCAUUCUCUACACCGACCUGUUGCACCCACACAGCUCACCUUGUCUACUCUUCUGGCUGCAGGCGCGCAUCUGGGGCAUUCAAAAUCCCUCAUGAACCCUAAUUUCAUUCCAUAUGCUUAUGGUGUACGAGCUGGGGUAACUGUCAUCGAUCUCGACCACACGCUACCACUACUGCGUCGCGCCGCCAAGUUGGUUCGCUCUGUAGCGGCGAACGAUGGAACAAUUGUUUUCGUCGGCACUCGACCAGACCUUCGCUCAGCGGUCCGCAAAGCGGCUAGCAGAAUGGAAGAACAAGGUUUCCAUGUCGCAGACCGAUGGUUGCCGGGUACUUUAACAAACAAGGUACAGAUGUUUGGUGCUCAGGCUGUCCUCAAGCAGCGCGUCGUACCAGACCUAGUUGUCUUCCUUAACCCUCUUCAAAAUAUGCCUGCUAUUCGGGAAUGUGCUAUGGAGCAUGUUCCUACAAUCGGCAUCGUGGACUCAAAUGUCGAUCCCCGAAUUGUCAUGUAUCCCAUACCAGCGAACGACGAAAGCACGCGUACGGCAGAGUUGAUUGCAGGUGUACUCAGUGUCGCUGGUCGUGAGGGCGUCGCGCUCCGAAAAGAGGAAGAUUUGAAGAGGCAGCGCCGGGCGGAGAGAAUGGCGGCCAGACAGAGGGACUACGAGAGGGUUGCCGUAGAAUGAAGACAAUCUAUACACAUACACUAGAUACUAUCUAAUCAUUCUCCUACGCUGCUCCUGCGUUUUGGAUUUCAUACCAGUACCCUGUGAAUGUCCGAUUGUAAGAGUAUGUUCAUGGUGUUAUUUUUGAAAAAGGCAUGGUGACUUACGUUCCGCCUGCUCCAACGCUCGGACGUUGCCCUGCAGCUUGUUAAUGGUCUCGACGUACUCAUCCUCUUCCACACUAUCAAACACGAUACCACCUCCGGCUUGUAAGUAGGCUACACCAUCUUUGAAAACCAUCGUUCGGAUGGCAAUGCAGACGUCCAUCUCAUCUUCUGCAAAGUCGAAGCGACCGACUGCCCCUGCGUAGACGCCUCGUCUAUCAUUCUCGAGCUCAUAAACCAACUCGAUAGCCUUGAUCUUGGGAGCGCC